AUGUGGCUGCCAUUAGCCACUUUACUGCUUACAGCACUUUCAUCUACUGCAGCUAGAGAAGUUGUGGUGAAAACUAGCAGAGGCAGUCUUGUUGGCUAUCAAUCAGUUUCGUCCUCAGGAAAACUCGUUAAUAUUUUCAAGCAAAUCCCAUAUGCUGAACCGCCUGUUGGCGAACUACGUUUCCAAAGACCACAUGAAGUCAGGAAAUGGAAUGGUAUCAGGGAUGCAACAGAGUACGGACCUGCUUGUAUGUCAAACUCUUCAACAACGACUAGCCCACAAAAAUGGGUAGACGAGGAUUGCCUACAUCUGAACAUCUUUGCCAGUGCUGAUUGUCUGGUAAAUCCUUGCCCUGUGGCAUUUUAUAUUCAUGGAGGUGGAUUCAAUUACGAUUCUGCCGUCAUGUUCAAGGACGAAGCGCUUGUCGACAAUUUUGGAGGAAACGACCUUCUGGCUGCCCUGCAAUUUGUCAGAAAAGAAAUCCACCAUUUCGGAGGGGAUCCCGGCAACGUCGCCCUCAUGGGUCAUUCAGGAGGAGCUGUUGCUGUGGCUCAACUAGCAUUCUCAAAGCAGAUCGACCCUGAUGUGAAAUUGUUCCAAAAAGGUAUUAUAAUGUCGAUGGCUUUCGGGUUCUCUGACGAAUCACAUAUGCAAAAUCUUACGACAGAGUUGGCCUAUCGUGCGGAGUGCCUACCUACAAGGACUUCUGUUCCCUCGUCGAAAGCUUUCACUGAAGGAGUUGUCCACUGUCUCCGACAGAUACAAAGAGAAAUGGAAGACGAGGAUGAAAAUCUCAAACCUGAAGGUUUUAUCAUGGCAAAACCACUAUUCGACGCUGAUGAUCUGCAAGAUUUUAUCCGCGAUCCUCCUCCUCGGGCGAUAAUGACUGGAACCACAGUUCAUGAAUUCGAUAACUCUUUAAAAGUGGAUGUGAGACCCAUCAUGUCACUUCUGGGAAUGAACAAUACCGACGAAAUCGUGGCUAAAUAUCGGCAGGACUUCGACGGCAGGAAGCUACCUUUCAAUCAUACAACCGAGACACAGACGAUUUUUGUUUCCACUUAUGUAGUAGGACAUUCGAUGCGAGCUGCUGGAGGAGAGACAUACCUCUACUCCUACAAGAAUCCACGUCAUGCUAAACACACCGACGAUCUUUCGUACAUCAUGGGAGUGCAUAUGUUCGAGCAAGACGCAAACGAAAAGGUACUCGCGGUGGUCUAUCCAAAACUUUUCACUGAUUUUAUCAAGUCCGGCAGACCACGUAAAGAUUGGACACCUCUGCACAGGAAUCUCGACAAUUAUAUGCAUAUCGAUGUCAAUGUAGAUGACGAAACAUUGCCUCAUAUGGCUUUGGGUUACGAGAAAGAAGUAAUGGACUACUGGAAGACCAUGAAAGCAUUCGAUGAAAGUCUGACGAAACUUAAGGAGAGGGUUGCCGAAACACGAGAAAUGGACAGCCCAUUCCGUUCUAAUGACAGAACUCCUACGAUCAUGCUAAUAUCGAUACCAAUCGUCGUGGUAGUCUGUGCUGUACUUGUCAUCGGUUAUGUGGUGCGUCAACGACAACGACGGAGGACUCAUCCUGGAAAACCAGACGAGACCACGCCACUUGUCAGUGGAAAUCCUGAGGCAGGAAUGCCACAGCCAAACGAUGAAUGGAAGUAG